AUGACGGAAGUCAAUGCCGCGAGUCGCAAGCGACGCAAGAACCGCAAGAAUAAACAGCAGUUCGCAAAGAAAGGCCAUUACGCUGAUCCACUCUCACCCAUUGCUUCCACUCCCAUGAAACGUCCGGCAGAGAAUAAUACGUCCAUCAAGUCAAAACACGCGUCAUCAGCUGCAUCAAAUGAUGUCAAUGCUAUUACGUCGAAAGAGGAGGAAACGCUCUUUUCGCCACGAAAAUUAAGGAAGGAAUACGACCAGGAAGAGGAGAAACCAAAGACGAAAAAGACACGGACGAGAUUGAAUUAUGACUCGGCAACUUCUUCAAACGGGGAACAGGAACAACAAGAGACAAGUUUUGCAGACGCUGGUAAAGAAGAGUUGUUUUCACCAGCACUGAAGCCUCCAUCAACGUCGCGAUCGACGAGCGCGUCUCCAAUGAACGCUCGAGGACGACUUGAGACGAAGCCUGAGCCAGAAGAGCAAAUGGAAAAAGAUAUUGCACUAGCUGAGGAGUCUCUUGAUACUAGUGACCACAUGGUAGAUGGAGAAGGACAGGAGGAGGAAUGUGCUACUCCUCUAGAACACGAGUUUAAUCCGUUCUGCUUUAUGAAGACUUUACCAAGGUACGAAGACAUUGUAGAAGGAAAGCGGCCCGUUUCUUUACCGGACAGGUCACGUGACGCGCCCAAAAUUUGUUUGGUUCUGGAUCUAGACGAGACUCUUGUGCACUGCAGCGUGGAAGAAGUAAAAGACCCACACAUGCAGUUUCCGGUCACAUUUAACGGUGUAGAGUAUGUUGUCAAUGUGAAGAAGCGUCCACAUAUGGAGUAUUUCCUCAAACGCGCGUCCAAGCUCUUUGAAAUCGUCGUAUUCACCGCGUCGCAUAAGGUGUACGCUGAGAAGCUGAUGAACAUGCUGGAUCCGCACCACAAUUUCAUCAAGCACCGACUGUAUCGAGAUGACUGUCUUGAUGUCUUUGGGAACUAUGUGAAGGAUCUGAAUGUCCUCGGGCGUGAUCUAUCGAAGGUCGUGCUCGUGGAUAAUUCCCCUCACGCUUUUGGGUAUCAGGUGACCAACGGUAUUCCCAUCGAGACGUGGUACGACGACGAAGCAGACGCUGAGCUACUGAACCUGCUGCCAUUCCUGGAGAGUCUCGUAGACGUUGAUGAUGUGCGGCCAGUUCUAGAGAAGCAGUUUCAGAUUCAGAAACUGAUCGAUGCCACGCCUGACGAGAUUGAGAUGAAGCUCUGGGAUGACACGAAGGAUCGACGCAAAUAUGAAGACCUGUCAGACCUUUUUGCUAUCUUCAAGACCACGGAACACUUGGAAGCCGCUUACGUUCGAGAUGCCAUUACACCCGAACAGUAUACAGAGGCGUGCACAAAGCUCAUCUCGCAGUACAAGACGGCGGAGACGGCGCUACGUCUCGGCGGCUUCAUUGAUAGUGUGAACAGCUUCAUCUCUGAGUACAGACUGGACUGCCCCCGAGCCCUGGAGCGACUCGUACGAAUUGGCGUGCCAGCCACUGUAGUGCACAACACGACCAAUCGCAAGACAGACUCGGUUAAUGUAGCGCAGACUGUGCAAAACUUUAUCACGCUCAUGGACGUCCUAAAGCUCAACAUUCGAGCGGUGGAUGAGAUCCAGCCGUUGUUGAGCGAAAUGAUGAGCUCGUUGACUAUGGUUAGCGGCCUUCCGCCUGACUUUUCUGGCCGCGACAAGAUUGAAGGCUGGUUGUGUACAAUGAAUGCAAUGCGAGCGUCUGAAGAACUUGAUGAGGAGCAAGCGCGUCAACUCAGUUUCGACCUCGAGCGUGCCUACUCGUCCUUCAUGGCUUUCCUGAACAAAUGA